UCCAGAGCCUCCGCGAUGACGUCACCCAAUAACCGGAGAGAAACAAGCCUAGACACAUUACUGCAGCUGACAGCUUUGGUCAGGAGGACAACAGCGGUAUUUCAUCACUGCGGCGCCCGAGUGGUGGUGACGAUGACUCUGGAGGACGAUCUCACGACCGCGGCCGCUCGGGGGGACACGGCCGAGGUGCAGCGACUCCUGCGGGCAGGGGCGGACGUCAACGCGGCCAACCGGCUGGGACACACCGCGCUGCAGGCGAUGAUGAUGGGCAGCACUCCCGUGGUGCGGCUCCUCCUGGACAGCGGCGCGGACCCCAACGUGGCGGACCCACGCACCGGGACCACGCCGCUGCACGACGCGGCCCGGACGGGCUUCGUGGACACGGCGAGGCUGCUGGUCAACUCCGGCGCGGACCCGCAGGCCAGGGACCGCAUGAACUGUCGGCCCGUGGACGUGGUCCGGACGCACGGACACGCCGAACUCCUGGCUUACCUGGAGACUCUGUGAAGAGGAGGACUGAACCCGCCUUUUAAUCUAUUUUCUUUAUUUAUUAACGACUAUUUUAAAUUGGACGUGGCAAGGAAAUUAAGUUUGGGGCAAAGCUCGGGUGGGACGUGGG